CCUCGCUCGUUUGCCACCUCCUAAUUCUCGUCUUUCGUCGUUGCCUACGCUGUUCUGAGCAUCGUCUAACGCUCCAAUGGUGCGGGCUCCCCCAAAGGCUCUCAAACUUGGCAAGGCUCUCAAGACCGCCGCUCGACUUCCCGUGCGCGUCUCGACAGGCAGAGCAAGUGGCAGGCACACUUUCUCGCCCCUUCCAGGAGAGAGCCCAGCGGUCAUCCUUCGCAUUCGAGUCUUGGGUUGCAGAGAUUUGCUGGCAAAAGAUAAGAAUGGUGCGAGCGACCCAUUCGUCGUGGUCUCGGUCUUGAGCAACAAGCAGCAGACACCUGUCGCAAAGCGCACUUUAAACCCCACAUACUCUGCGAAAGAUGCCACGUUUGACUUUUCCUUACAUUUAUCGCUCGCCGAGAAGCUCGGUGGCAUAGAGCUCGUUGUCUGGGACAAGGACAUGCUGAAGAAGGAUUACCUUGGCGAAGUUGCGAUACCUCUGGAUGGCUGGUUCCGUGAUGAUAACGCAUACUCCUUUGAUGACCCUAAUAAUAUGCCAUUCACGUUCAACGUGGUGUCUACCCGAAGCUCGACUCAUGCAACCGGUACCAUACAAGUAAAACUCGGAUUUGUACAACCACCAGAUGCCGUCGCCCACCGCAACUUUCAUGGUAUCUAUACAGACCUUGUCAAGCUCUCAAGGCCAAGUCUUGUAUCCGCACCACCGACCGAAGGUAUUGGCACUACCCGGUCGCACGAAGCUGGACCUGAGUUUGAGGACGACGGGCUAAGCUCAGACGAAGGCGAUUCUGCCUCCGACCUGGAAGACGAUGAAGCGGCUAUCAUGUCUCGUUCGCGCGACGCGGCGACAACGCCGCAUGCCAUGCCAGACCCGACGCUCACGCCAAGUCCUACGCUUUCUGACACGCAGAUGACACCGACUGCCUUAUCGACGAUGAAAAAGCUGCCCGCCAAGCGUCGGUCGCCGUCCUUUACUAAGAAGUUCCAUCUGCGCCGGCCAAGCAACAAACGAUCUUCGUCGCUUGACUCGACCACGAUGCCCUCAACACUGUCUGGGUUGCCAUCCAUCACGAACUUUCAUACCGACGCUCCAACACCUCCGCUAACUCCACCACCCAGUGCCGUAACCGUACGUCCUCCUGCAGGAGGUAAGGCGCGGUUCCCGAAGUCGUGGGGUGCCAAGAGCAGACACUACAACUUCUCUGCGAGCAACGAUAUCAUCGGCAUCGUACUAUUGGAGAUCAAGGGGGCGACGGAUCUACCAAAACUGAAAAAUAUGACGCGUACGGGCUGGGACAUGGACCCUUUUGUCGUCAUCUCUUUCGGCAAGAAGGUCUUCCGUACUCGCAUUAUAAGGCACUCGCUCAAUCCGAACUGGGACGAGAAGCUACUCUUCCACGUACGACGGUAUGAGAGCGCCUUCCAAGUACACAUGACGGUCCUCGACUGGGACAAACUGUCGUCGAACGACCAUGUUGGCGCCGCAAGUUUCUCAGUCUCGGAACUGCUCGCGAAGGCUCCGAAGAAGGACGACAAGACUAGGCUGUAUCCUGAACAUAACGACGGCACCCAAGACAGCCUGCAGGAGUUUGUCUUGCCUCUCCAGACCGAACAGCAGAUGCCGUGGGAAUCGAAGCACAACCCGGUGCUCACCGUCCGUGCCAAGUACCAGCCGUACGAUGCUCUACGACAGCGCUUCUGGCGGCAAUACCUUAAGCAGUACGAUACCGACGAUAGCGGCACAAUCUCACGCCUUGAGCUUACAUCGAUGCUCGAUUCGCUUGGCUCAACGCUCAGCCGAGAGACCGUCGACUCUUUCUUCAUUCGCUUUGGCAAGGAGCCCAAUGAAGUCCUCACUGUUAAUGAGACGAUUCAAUGCCUCGAAACAGAACUCUGUCGUCCGCCUUCGGAGAAGAAGCGCAUUGACGUAGACGACACCUCGUUCGACACUAGUGCGCCGGUCACUCCGAGCGUACUGGGCAGCAAUGAGACACAGUUCGGCCUCAACCUCGACAAGCUUGAUUUCUCCGGUCCGCCCCAGAAUAUUCCCACGCCUGAUCCUGAGCCGCUUCGCAAGCCCACGCAACCAGCCCCACAGCCGACAGCACCGUCACAGCAGCCUCUCCACGAGGUUUUGGGGCUUUCCCGGACAUCAUCGCCGCGUAGUGUAGGCUUCGGUCGACAGGCGUCGUCGUCGUCAUCGUCGGAUGCAGAAGACUCGUCUGGCUCUAUCUCGGGAUCAGGAUCGAGUUCGCCUGCUUCGGAUGUGUCUUUUGAGCGCGUCAUCAACGUCAAGAGCUGUCCGUUGUGUCAUCGCCCCCGGAUGAACGCAAAGGCGGAGGUCGAUAUCGUCACUCACCUUGCUGUCUGCGCGAGUCAAGAUUGGGCGAGGGUCGACCGGAUUGUCGUCGGUAAUUUUGUCACGGCGAGUCAGGCGCAGCGUAAAUGGUAUACCAAAGUCAUCUCAAAGGUCUCAAGCGGCGAUUAUCGCCUCGGCGCGAACUCAGCGAAUAUUAUUGUGCAGAAUCGCAUGACCGGCCAACUCGAGGAGGAGAAAAUGCAGGUGUACGUACGCCUGGGUAUCCGUCUCCUGUACAAGGGUUGGAAGAGUCGUAUGGAGGGUGCUCGUGCCCGCCGGUUGUUGAGAUCACUUUCAGUCAAGCAGGGUAUAAAAUACGAUUCACCCGAAUCUGCACGCGAUAUCUUGCCCUUCGUCGAGUUCCACAAACUGAAAGUCGACGAGAUCUUGAAACCGAUCGCAGAAUUUAAGACGUUCAACCAGUUCUUUUACCGCGAGCUCAAGCCGGGUGCACGACCUGUCGAAGCACCGGACGACCCAUAUCGUCUCGUCAGUGGUGCCGACUGCCGUCUCAUGGCCUUCGAGACAGUUAAUGAGGCGACGAAGCUAUGGAUCAAAGGCCGCGAAUUCUCUGUGCAGCGCCUGUUAGGUGAAGCCCACGCAUCGGAGGCUGAACGCUACAACGGCGGCGCCCUAUGUAUCUUCCGUCUCGCACCCCAAGAUUACCACCGCUUCCACUCGCCUGUCGAUGGCGUCAUCGGACCCAUAACACAUAUUACUGGCGAAUAUUACACCGUCAAUCCUCAAGCUAUUCGGACUGCCCUUGACGUCUACGGCGAAAACGCACGAAAAAUUGUGCCGAUCGAUAGUCCUCAGUUCGGGCGUGUUAUGGCUGUCUGCAUUGGUGCGAUGAUGGUUGGGAGCAUCAAGACGACAUUAAACGAAGGGGAUCAAGUCAAACGCGGGCAAGAGUUUGGCUACUUCGCGUUCGGCGGGUCGACUAUCGUCGUCUUGUUUGAGAAGGGUGUUGUCGAAUGGGACGAAGACCUCCUCAUCAACGGCCAUGCAUGCCUUGAGACCCUGGUUCGUGUUGGCAUGGGUAUCGGGCGUAGUCGCCACUCGCCGUCACCGUAGUGCCCUCACCCUACCACUACCGUUAAGUCUGCACUCGAUGACCACCACAGACAUUUACAUCGUUCAUCCGGAUCGUAUCUGAUAUAAUGCAUUCCUUCGUUGCUCCACCUGCAUGCAUGUUCGUCCUAAUGCCUCUACAAUUUAGUCCAAGCUGUGAAUUAUUGCAUUUGUCCUCCAAUCCUGCAUAUUGCAUACAUUACGAUGUACAUACGAUAUAUAAUUGCUCUAGUGCUCA